CUCAGAAGCAACAGCCGACUUCGGUGGCAGAUACAGGAUCAUCCAUCCAUCACCAGGGUUUCGGCUUCUCAUCGUUGGUUACCAGGUCCAGAUGGCGUGCACACGCACUCACACAUACACCCCUGUGGUCUGGCUAAGCGAUACGACCCACGUGGAUAUCGAUUUUUUUUCUUCUUUCCUUGCUCUACUUCUGCUUCCAGCCCAAUCAGAGAUUAUCUUAUCUCUUUCACGGAGCUAUAUAUCUGUAUAUGACCUUGAUCACUGGUCACUUUCAGCUGUCGUUGAGAUCAGAAGAGUUGAUCGUCGUAUAUUGUUCAAGUGGUCAACAUAACAAGCCGCCUUGCACUUGUCCUUGCGUAUAUCAAAGGGACCCUUCCAUCUACAGCAAUGGCGAUCUUGGACAAGGUUCGUCACAUCUUUGGCGACGAGAAGUCUAGCGACAACAACACGCAAAGUCCACGUCUUCCUCCUCCUUCUGCUCAUUCGACCGAAGAUCCCUCUGCAACGACUUUCAACGUUGCCCACCCUGUCGACAACAAGGAGGCCGAAACAGGCUCUUCUGACGCAGUCACUCACGUCAAAAGCCACGAGGAUACGACACCGACAGAGGAUGCACAGCUGGGAGUCAAGAAGAUUGAGGCGGUGACUUUGGCAUGGUCCAAGACAGCUCUGGCUUCUAUUUUGAUCCUGAUCUGGCUCUUGACUCUAGUGAACAAUUUCAAGUCGACCAUCGUUCUCAGCUUGACCCCUUUUGCCACGAGUGACUGGCAAUCACACUCUCUGCUGACGGUCAUCGGUAUCGUCUCAAACGCCAUGACCGCCGCCGUGUACAUUCCCAUGGCAAAGAUGUUGGACGUCUGGGGGCGUGCCGAGGGAUUUCUACUCAUGUUGGGCUUCUGCCUUUUGGGUUUGAUUCUGAUGGCUGCCUCGGAGAAUCUUUCAACAUAUUGUGCUGCUCAGGUCUUUUACUCUGUCGGUUUUGGGGGGCUCUCGUACAGCUGGGACGUACUCGCCGCCGACGUCACCAACCUCAGAAAUCGAGGGUUGGCGUUUGCAUUCACAUCGUCUCCGGCGGUGAUUACGGCGUUUGCGGGAUCCAAGGCCGCCGAAGCUUUCUACAACAAUGUCAGCUGGCAAUGGGGUAUCGGGUGCUGGGCCAUCGUUUUCCCCUGUGUCGGAUUGCCCUUGUAUUUCGUCCUGAGGCAGAAUCUGCGCAGGGCCGAGAAGAAAGGCAUAAUCGUCCGCGAGAAGAGUGGCCGGACCUGGUCGCAGCAGAUUGUAUACAUCGUCAAGGAGUUUGAUUGUGAGUUUCUGGCCCUCCUCACUUUGCCCUGUCUCUUUUUCUUUUCUGGUGGUCACGUCGUUGACACUCUUUUUCAACAAAAACACAGUACCGGGUGUGAUCUUGUUCGCCGGCGGCCUGACGGUGUUCCUGUUGCCAUUCACGCUGGCCACGAGGGCCCCGCACGGCUGGAGGACCGACUACAUCAUCGCCAUGAUCGUGGUCGGGUUCGUGGUGCUGGUCCUGUUCGCGCUGUACCAGGUCUACGUGGCGCCCACGCCGUUCCUCAAGUCUCGCUUCCUCCUGGACCGGAGCGUGCUGGGGGCGUGCCUGCUCGACAUGACGUACCAGAUCUCGUACUACUGCUACGCGAGUUACCUCUCGUCCUUCCUCAUGGUGGUGUACAACCUCAGCCUGGCCGAGGCGGGCUACGUGGCCAACACGUUCAGCGCCGUGUCGUUCCUCUGCCUCUUCGCCACGGGCUACCUCAUCCGCGUCACGGGCCGGUUCAAGUGGAUCCUCUGGGUCUGCGUGCCGCUGUACAUCUUCGCCGUCGGCCUCAUGAUCCACUUCCGCCAGCCCAACGGCUACAUCGGGUACAUCGUCAUGUGCGAGAUCUUCUUCUCGGUGGCCGGCUGCGUCUUCAUCCUCUGCGUGCAGCUGGCCGUCCUCGCCAGCGUCGACCACCAGUACGUCGCCGCCGUCCUGUCGAUGCUCUUCGUCAGCGGCACCAUCGGCGGCGCCAUCGGGGACGCCAUCUCGGGCGCCAUCUGGACGAACACGUUCGAAAAGGCCCUCGAGCGGAACCUGCCCGCGUCCGCCCUGCCGGACGUCGUUUCCAUCUACGGCAGCCUGACGGUCCAGCUCUCGUACCCGGUCGGGAGUCCCGAGAGGCUGGCCAUCCAGAAAUCCUACGGCUACGCCCAGGCACGCAUGCUGGCUGCAUCUUGCGCCAUCAUGGUCCUGGGCUUCGUGUGGGUGGCUAUGAUAAGGAACGUGAACGUCAAGAACAUGUCGCAGACAAAGGGCAACGUGUUGUAAGAUUGGGAAAAUUGUUCUGGAGGCGGCACCACCUUGACUAGCUUGCCAAAGUAAGAUGUACACUAGACAGACAGGGACCUUGGGCGCGGAGAGACUUUGGACCAGCAGACCACACCUUUGUUAAAUGAGAAAUUCUGUCUGUUUGACUUUGCAACAAGCGACUAUAACUUGCUGGACAACGGCGAAUGACUUUCUGGAGAGACACCUCCUCCGAAAUGGCCCAGAAAUUCGGUGGCGCUCAUCCUGGCCAGGCGUCCUUGACUGCAGGCAAACUCUUCGACGGGAAACCAGCCACGUACUUCGGAGUCUCGUCCAAGAAUCAAAAAGGCCAACGCUUUCCCACUGAGCCAACUGUGAACCAUGCCGUAGCCGUUGAACCCAGCAGCGACCCACUCGCCACCUUGAUCCGCGCGACAUUCGUCUCUCAUAGAGACGUGCCUCGAUGCACGGCCCACAAUGGGUAACCCGUCCAUUGUGAAACCCAUGAUCCCGGUCCACUUCUUGGAGAUGCGAGCACCCUCGCCCCCGAGGAAGGCUUUUCCCGCGGCGGUCUCCAAGUGGCUCAGGCAUUGUGGUGAGAGUCGGCUGUCGUCUACAUUGCCGAUUUCCUGGUCGUUCUCGAGGCCGGAUCGAAAGGCGCCUCCGCCAAAGUAAAGGCUCCCAUCCGCGGCUGGAGACUGACAAAUGUAGUCGAAUCCUCGGUCCCAGAUUGCGCUCCACGAAUGCUUGGCACCGUACCGGGGGAAGUCAUCCGGGACGGACUGUACCGUCAUCUGACCACGAAGAGGGCACACUUUGCCUCUUAAGCCCGGGAUGAGGUGGGCGACAAAACCGUUGGUGCAAUGGACGACGUGUUUGGUCUGGAUGGAUCCUCUGCCUGUCCGAACGCAAUAUGGGUACGGAGAAGAUGCUUGGUGUUUACUGAUGGAAAGGGCGGGUGUGUGUGUCUCCAGGCUGAUGGCCCCCUUUUGAAGAAGAUUUGAUAUGACGGCCCCGAGGAAUCGGUACGGCCAGGCUGCUCCUGCGCGUCCUGAGAUGCAACCGACGCAGUUCUCUGCCAGUCCUAGUUUCUGGAAGAAUAGUAGAUCAGUACGAGAUGUGUUCACCUCACCGUCACCGACUAACGGCCAACAACGACCAACGUGUAGAGAGGCAUGCUUACCUUCAAAUCCGAAGGAUCUUCGUGCACGUUCCACUUUCCUUGUUCCUCCGGCAUGUCGUCAAGGAACUCUUUCAGCUUCUUCUUGUCCUGAGUCCAUACGUCUCGGUCGUAGCAGGCUAUGAGUGUUUCCAAUUGUCUCACCAAGCCUGCCUUACCAGACUCUCCCAAUGAAGCGGCCUCGCUUAGGAGAGCCGGCAGAUGGGCCAGUCGAAAACGAGUGAUUUUGAUGGCGCUCUCCCGACCUAACGUCUGUUUGAUGUCGCCGUAGUCCUUCCAGGGAACAGCCUUGAUAUGGCCUCCAUUCCGGCCCGUGGCACCAGAUGUCAGAUCCCUAGCCUCUAGCAUCACGAUCUUCAGCUCGGGCGCGAUACGCGACAGGUGCAGAGCCGUGCUUAUGCCGGUGAUACCGGAGCCAAGAAUCACGACAUCUGCAGUCUGUGAAAGAGAAGGCGACUGGUGAUGAGCAUGUUGAACCACUGGCUCCAGCCAGAAUGGAGUGGUUGCAUUCUCGACCGGCAGACCAGGAUCUCGCUGGAUUUUCUGGACAAGUCGCUGGAUAUGGGGUGGUUGUGCAUGUGAUGAAGAAGGCAUUGUCAGAAUCCUCGUACACAGUGUGCUUACUCGUAAAGAGAGUAU